AUGGAGAUUCAACAUCCGUCGCAUGAGGUCCGGGCUCCUCUCCCUCAAUUCCAGCACCCCUCUUCCCAACCUCAGUCAGUGUCUGCGCCUGUCCCUGCGCCUGGGCCUCUUCGUGCUCCCCAGUUCGUAGCCGAGCAGGGACCAAUCCCUAUCAGCCUACAGAAAAGCGUCAUCGAACCAACACCAUAUCUUCAAGCUCCUCUAAUUACCAUGCACCAAGACGCAUCUUUUUCUACUAUUACUACCAACCGACCAUCUCCCCCAGGGCAGGUGCCCUCACUCUCUCCAGAACUCGACCGGGAUGAUGCGAGUUCAAUUCUAAGCGAACUGCCGUCUGAGCUGGAUGAGCCACCAACUGAGCUUGACUUAAUCGACUUUGACUGGGAUGGCCCGGAAGGACAUGAAGUGUUGCGACUCAAACCAACCGUCGAACAAUGGAACGAUUUUGCUGCUAAUCUAGCCUUCGCUAGAAGCCAAAACGCUGACAGGCAUGGCUGUUUCAAAAUCGUUCUCCCACAAGAGCUUAUUGAAGACCUCCCAGAGAAGGACUCCCAAAAAGUACCUGCGAAUGCAUAUAAGCCCAUCCAAAUCAAGAAGAACAGCUUCUGGCGAGUUGACACUGUUUCUUCUGUGGGCAGUUUCAACUCGUCUGUUACUGGCCCAGUAUGCAAAGUCACUGCCGCUAAGGCUAUUGACCAGCUGAAGAAGAUGUACCAUAAGAGCAAUCGCAAACAGAUCCGAAACGUGCGUUAUCGGGUCGAUGUUCCUGCAUGGACCCCCGAGCAACGCCGUGAGGCCGGUGUUCCUGAACGCAGCCCUAUCUAUCCUCUCAAAGGUGAUAUGCUGGACAGCACAAAGGCCAUUAUCCCCGGAAUCCAUACGCCGUAUGUGUAUGAAUCAGGUCCCCAUUUCGGUGCAAGUUUCCAGAUACACGCAGAAGACUUCCGGCUUGUCUCCCUGAACCAUUUGUAUAAAGGUCGAAAGAUUUGGAUUGUGGUUCCAUCCACUGCCGUCGACAUCGCCGAGGAGGCCCUUGGUCGAAAAGGCAAAUGCUCUCAGUUCAUGCGCCACCGAGCCGAGUUCUUCUUUCCGCAGAAGCUUGAGAAACUCGGCAUCCCUUUCCGCAUUAUUGAUCAGCGCCCUGGUGAGACCAUAGUAAUUCUACCGGACGCUUAUCACGAGGGCUUUAGCACAGGCUAUACCAUCGCUGAAGCCAAAAACUACGCCGAUGAUGCCUGGUCCACCGAGACGUAUCAGGAAUGCGAGGUCAAGUGCCAGCUUGCUACAGCCAUCCCAGCUGAUUUCAUGAGACCGUUGCAGAAUGGCGAGACACAGCUUGAUCUCUGUGCCGGGUUCGAGCUAAUAGAAGCACAACAAACACCCACACCUACACCGUCCCCUCCGUCUGCACAAACGAAGCGGCGUUUGGAGACCGGGGAGCGGAAAAGCGGGAAUGCUAAACGGGUCAAGGGAUAG